CAUGUGUUCAGUCCGGGUCGCUCUCACUCCUGCUACGACAAUGAGAUCAUUAUGAUGAAUCAUGUUUACAGGGAGCGUUUCCCUAAGGCCACGGCGCAGAUGGAGGGCAGGUUGUGUGAUUUCAUCCACUCGUAUUGUCCCGAGAGCGUUCUGCCGCUGGCCGACGGAGUCCUGAGCUUCAUUCACCACCAGAUCAUCGAGCUGUCCAGAGACUGCCUGACCAAAUCUAAGGAGGGUCUCAUCACGUCCGUCUACUUCUUUGAGCUGCAGGAGAACCUGGAGAAACUUCUGGACGAUGCUUAUAAGCGGUCAGAGAGUUCAGAGUUGACCUUUGUCACUGAGUUGGUGAAGAAACUCCUCUUCAUCAUCUCUCGACCUGCUCGACUUUUGGAGUGUUUGGAGUUUAACCCUGAAGAGUUCUACCAUCUGCUGGAGGCGGCUGAAGAUCACGCUAAAGAAGGACACCUGAUGAAGACCGACAUCCCGCGAUACAUCAUCAGUCAGCUGGGUCUGACCAGAGACCCUCUGGAGGAGAUGGUCAGUCGAGAGCAUUACGACAGUGAGGGGCCGGUCACACCAGAGACAGACGACUCUGCAGAGGGAAGAAUGAAACCCAUGAAGCCACCUGGAGAGGAAGAUUUCCAGACCAUCAAACUGAUCAGCAAUGGAGCCUAUGGCGCGGUGUAUCUGGUCCGCCAUCUAGAGACGCGGCAGCGCUUCGCUAUGAAGAAAAUCAACAAACAGAACCUGAUUCUGAGGAACCAGAUCCAGCAGGCAUUUGUGGAGCGAGACAUCCUGACCUUCGCCGAGAACCCCUUCGUGGUCAGCAUGUUCUGCUCCUUUGAGACUAGACGACACCUGUGUAUGGUCAUGGAGUACGUGGAGGGAGGCGACUGCGCGACACUGCUGAAGAAUAUUGGAGCGUUGCCUGUGGAAAUGGCGCGCAUGUAUUUUGCUGAAACCGUGCUGGCACUCGAAUACAUCCACAACUAUGGAAUCGUGCACCGAGAUCUCAAACCAGACAAUCUGCUGAUCACGUCAAUGGGUCACAUUAAACUCACUGAUUUCGGUUUGUCUAAAAUGGGUCUCAUGAGUCUCACCACAAACCUGUACGAGGGACACAUCGAGAAGGACACCAGGGAGUUCCUGGAUAAACAGGUUUGCGGCACCCCAGAGUAUAUCGCCCCGGAGGUGAUCCUGCGGCAGGGUUACGGCAAGCCAGUGGACUGGUGGGCCAUGGGCAUCAUCCUCUACGAGUUUCUGGUGGGCUGCGUGCCGUUCUUCGGCGACACACCGGAGGAGUUGUUUGGUCAGGUGAUCACAGAUGACAUCGUGUGGCCCGAUGAUGAUGACGCCCUCCCCGCUGAUGCGCAGCACCUGAUCGCAUCUCUCCUGCAGACAAACCCGCUGCUCAGACUGGGCACAGGUGACGUCACACACCUGCAGUCAUGUGACCAGCUGUCACUAAAGACGCCGAUGUAA